CAUAGGCUAUUAAUGAAUGUGUUUCCUGAAAUGGAAAUCAAGUCAUCCAAUGGCUCUGCUGUAGAGAAAUAAGAAAACAUCUCUCUAAUUUGUACGGAACUGAAGAAAAAUGAACCAGAUGCAGGCUUUGCUGAACGACUGUCUCCUCAGAACAAAGCAUGUGGAACAUGCAGCUAUCAUUAGCCUGAAAAAAGGAACUGUAUAUGCAUCAACCUUCGGCUUUAACCUGCAGCCACAGAGUGCCAUAAACCUUCUUUAUGCUUUCUACAAGAACUUACUGCAAGUUAGAAGAGAAGGCCUUUACUUCAAGGAGAAGCAAUACAGAUGUGUCCGAGCAGAUGAGUAUUCCAUCUACAUUAAAAAACAAGAUGGAGGACUCGUGGCUGUGAAAACCAAGUUGUACAUCGUGGUUGGUACCUACAGCGAGGGAAUGUAUCCUAGCGUGUGCGUGGAAGCUGUAGAGAAACUCGCUGACUAUUUGAGAGAGAAAGGAAGUUAAAUCCACAAAGGAUUUCAACGUGACCAAGCUUCUAAAUACUGUUUCUUUAGAAAAUUCAAGACAAAAGAAGCUAGCCGCCUUCUCUCUCAGAAGAUCCUCACAUGUACUAUAUACUUGUCAGAAACUCAGUAGUUUAAUGAAGAUGUGACAUUACCACUUAGGCCAAUGUAAGGUUUCAGAUUCUUCUGUGUGCCUGAGCAUGUUUUGAAUAAAAUAACCUUUGUUUUA